AUGAAUAACGAGGAUCAUAAGACAGAGGAUACCGCUCCUUCUGUGGAUUCGACAGGAGAAAAGGAAUCUGAGAAAGACGUGGAGGAGAUGGUUGAGGAGAUGCUGAAGGAGGUUGGCAUUAAAUCAAUCUUUCAGGAUGUCCAUAAUUUCAUUGAAACAGCCUUUAAUAGCUUAGACUCAAGGCUUGCGUCUAUUACAAUCCGUGAAUUAAAGAUCACUCGGGAGGUCAUUACAUCAAAGUUUGACGAGCUUGCCGUAUAUGCCAAUUAUGAGGCUAAGCGGCGGAUGAAGAAAACUACUCUGCCUAAAGGAGUUAAAUAUCUCUUGGAAACAUUCCCGGUGGAUGAAAAGGAUGUGACAGAUGGAAACAGCUUCACAGUCUAUGUCAACACUUUGGAGCCGGACCUGUCACCACUGUAUGAGGAUGUUAAAGAGGAUGUAAAGGCUGAAGUAAUGGAUGUAAAGGCUAAAGUAGAUGAAGCAUGGGUUAAAAGUGCAGAAGCAUUAGAGAAGAAACGUUAUGAAGAAGCAACUCAACAUAUGAAAACAAUUGCAUCUCAUGGUUACAGAUUGCUGAAGCUUCAUGGCCAAGAAGUUAUUGGUAUGCCUCUUCAAAUCAGACUAAGGGGAAUGGAUGCACCAGAGAGUGGACAGUAUUAUGGUAAAGAGGCACAAGCAGAGCUCACUAAAAUUGUUAAAGGGAAGAAAUUAACGGUUUUGCCUUAUCAUCAAGAUGAAUAUCACAGAUGGGUAGCAGAUAUUUACUGGCAUGAUGAUUUGUUCAGAAGUGGAUGCUUGAGAACGGUUUUGCUUGGUAUGAUGAAUACCAUGAUCCGCGCAUUAUACUUGGAAAGGCAAUUAAAAAAUUGUGAUUGGCAAGAGGAGGCAAAGAAGAAGGGCGUUGGCUUGUGGGCUUAUCCAAACCCAGAGGAGCCUUGGGAGUGGAGAAAGAAAAACCCAAGAGAGGCAAGGAGAGCGUGA